AUGCGAGUUCCUCUCGAGAUUCUCGAGCUCAUCCUCCAGGAAGCGGUCGAGGCUCUGUCCUACCAGGACAUUCUACGAUCCAGACUGGUCAACAGUUUUUUCAAUAAUGCGCUAUGGCCAGCGAGUGCAUAUCUAGAGAAUAAUGAGUCACUCUUCACAUCCUGGCACACAUUUCCUUACAAGCGAAAAUACCUUUGGCACUUGGUUGAACAGCACGACACCCGAGCAUGUGCUUUCUCGAAAUUGAUGCAGGAGAUUCUAGGACUGCCUCGCGUCGCGUGCAUGGGCAUCCAAGAUCAACAUAUCAUCAUCGACAAGAUGAUUGAUGCUAUGAUUCAUAGUACCAUGGAUCCUGAACUUCUAUAUGGAUUUCACCGUGUCGUGUACAUUGUGGACAAGGGAAAACAAGAGUACAUCUCCAAUUGGAGUCCGGAUACCGCGCAAAGGACUCUCGACGCAGCACUCAUCGUCAGCGCGAUCUACCGAGGGGAUCAUGUGGAGCUGCAGGCUUUGCUUGAUCGAUGUGAUUACAGUGGGCUUUGGGAUCCGAGUCUUAGCCAAGUACCGGUGGAUUUGGCAUACAAAGAGGGUACGCGAGAGGUCAUUCGUACCCUGGUGGAGCAUGAAUGUGUGACAACGUACACGGGUAAGUCGUCGUGGUCAUACGAGAACACCUACGGUUUGGCUGUAGCUGCACGGUGUGGGAAUAAGGAGGUACUGGAGACGUGGGUUACGCUGUUAAGCGAGCGUGCGGCCCGACAUGGACAGAAUCUGUCCUCGCAAUUGCGCAUGGCUAUGAUGGAGGCACUGCGAAUCGGCAAGAUUGAGAUGGCUGCCGUUUUGGAGAAACAUAUCGAUUGGACGCGGUCGGAUAUGAGAAUGCUCUGGUUCCAAUGUUUCAAUGGGGCUGUCGAGGACGGGAUGUUGGAUGCUGUGCAAUGGCUUCUAUGUCGGGAAGGAUAUUCUUUCGCGCGGCAGGUCACGCAGUGGCACAAGGCACCGCUGCUCACUGCACUACAUGACUGUCCUUUUGAGAACAGAUUAGGGAUGGUUCAGCUCUUACUGGAUCACGGUGCGAAUCCUAACGGGGGUCUAGGAGCCUCGCAUACGCCACUUCAUGUAGUCAUUGAAAAUGGAGAAGUGGACCUCGCGAUUUUGCUAUUGAAUGCAGGAGCCGACCCAAACGCCGUCGGAAGAAGAGGCCCGCCGCUCCAUAUGGCCACUCAAUGGGGAUAUUCACGGUUGGUACAAUGCCUUUUGAAGCACAAAGCCCGGCGCAACUACGAGUUCAAGGGGACGAAAUACGUUGUGUCACAGGAUGCGAGGGUCAUUCGAAACAUUAUGCGGUUGCUGGGGGAGCUGGGGUUGGAGGACGAGCCGAUACAGCAGGAAUAUUAUGUGCUAGAUCAGAAGUAUACUUCAUAG